AGAUGAGAAGGGUUGGCCUCCCCUCCUACCUUGGUGCCAUCCAGUUCCCGUCCCACACCUAUCUCCUUCUACAAAUUGUUUUUCCCAGUUAUUUUGUUUGGUUUUCUUUGAUCUCUCUCUCUCUCUUUCAUCUUCAAUCUUUUUCUUUUCUUUUCUUUUUUAAAUUUAUAUAAAUUUUAUGAAUAUAUUAGUUUUGGGUUGGGUUGAUUUAGUCAGUUUACUUCCUUUUUUAUCUAUAAUCUUUUUUUCAUCAUCAAUCCCCUUUGUAUUUCUAUAACAAUUAUUACCAUUUAUUUAACAUUUUGAGCUUAUACACUUUGAUUUUGGAUAACCCUUUUGUGAGAUUCGAAAAAAAAAUCCCAUUUUUUUUACUUAUUUUCCGAUGAGGAGAGAGAGGGGUCCCGCCGCCGCCGCCGCCGCCGUCCCCGAUGGAGAAGAACCCAAAUACAGAGGUGUUCGAAAAAGACCAUGGGGUAGAUUCGCAGCUGAGAUCCGAGACCCGUGGAAAAAAACCAGGGUUUGGUUAGGUACUUUCGAUUCCGCCGAAGAAGCGGCUCGAGCUUACGAUACGGCGGCGAUGACACUGCGUGGACCGAAAGCCAAAACGAAUUUCCCAAUCAAUCCCUCGAAUACUACCGCUUUUCCGAUCGAUCACCACCACCGACGGUUAUACCCGAUGGGUAAUUUUCAAGACCCGGAUAUGAACCCACAAAGACCGACGAGGAGCAGUAUGAGUAGUACGGUGGAGUCUUUUAGUGGACCAAGACCAACCCAACCGCCGCCGGAAUCGGUUGUGUCGGACCGGAAAUAUCAUCACCAUCGGAAACCGCCGGUGUUGCCAGAGGAUUUUCACAGUGACUGUGAUUCAUCAUCGUCGGUUGUCGUCGACGAUGGGGAUAUGGCUUCAUCUUCAUGUAAGCAAAAUCAAACAUUGAAGCCUUUUGAUCUCAAUUUUCCACCGUUGGAUGACGUUGAUGAUCUCUACUGCACUGCUUUAUGUCUUUGAUCAACAUGAUGAUCAUGAUUGAUGAUGAAGAAUUAUUCAAAUCUAUUUUUCUAAAUUUUUGCUAUUUUUAAGCGAAAAAAAAAAGAGAUAUAUGAUUAAGAUGGAAAAAACGAUCCUAGUCUUUUUAAUGAGUAUGAUGAAAUCUAAGCCCUUUGAUUUUGAUCAAGCGGUGAUUGUUAUCUUUGUUCUUAGAGAAUAUAUAUGAUUUAGGGUUUGGUGAUGUUAUUAUUA